AUGUCGGGAGCCUUUGGCGGUCUCAGUCGUUACGAUAAUGACAGGCUCAAACCUGCCCAUUACAAUAUGAACAUAACCGAUUACCACUUCGAUGCCUUUUUAUCGGUUUGGUUGGCUACAUGUAAAGAGUUGGAGGUAGACCCAGAGAGCGCUGAAGACUCCCUUGAAGUACUCAACGGGGUGCGAUCGGCCAUCACCAGUGGCUGCGUUAUGAGGAUGGAGAUCUCUCGCAAAAAAGCGCAGUUAGAAAGUCCUGGUCACCUUUUCGAGCGUCUGGGAAAGGAGAACGGCGUUGUCGAGUUGGCCGAGAAGCUCCAUACAAUGGUCACUCGAGACCAACGUAAGUUUCUGUGUAUCAAUAUGCUUAACUAUUGGCUGAUGCCUCUUGAAGGCAUCGGCAUGUUCUUUGAGGGUGCCAAGCUGGAAGAUAUGUGGCGAGGGGUUACCUCCUAUUUACUGCAAGUCUUUGGGGGUCCACAGGCGUAUCGUGGUCGGCCACUUGAUGAGGUGCAUGAGGUUAGCGAGUCGGACCUUUUUAACGACCUGUUGGACAUGGAUUCCUCCACUACCACUCCCACCUCGCCUCGACUCGGCCUCAUCGACAUCCACGAUGAUGUUGUGUGUAAAAUACUGUCCUUCCUACCGGCCUCCUCCAUAAUAAGCUCAUCACAGACAUGCAGGCCAACCUACGUUAUAAACCCUUUGUCCGCUGUUGGAAGAAAGAACUGCAGCUCCGGGCCGACUCGGAGGCCUCCGGUGUGGAUAAAGCUGAAGUUGUUGAUAAGAGUUGGGGCGACUGGAAUGCUGCAGUCGCUCUUGGCAUUCAAGCGGUGCACGCUGUGGAGGUCUCGGAAAUUCCGAGAUGCCUUCGUCUGCGAUGAGACGGGUCACAUCCACGAGUGCAACGGGCGCACGAUGGAGGACUCAGCCUGUGAUAGCGCUAUGUGGGACCGCGGCAACCAGUGCUGGGUCUGCCCUAUCAGCAUGAGGAUAUUCAGAUACGCAGCGCCUCGCAAUGCGGCAGUUGAACAGGGCAUAGAGCCUGGUGGGGAGGACUUUGGACCCGCACAAUACCUUGGGGACGACUCUCGAGGUAUAGUAGAUCCUCGAGCAGGGGAAGGGGAGUGUGGGGAGGUAGAGGGACAAGGUGGUGAUGGUGGUGUUGCUGUCGGGAACAAGAAGUAG